AUUAGAAUCUAUGUCCAAAAAAAAAAAUUAUAAUAAUAAUAAUUUGACGAAAAAAAUCGAUUCAGUAGAUCUGCACACAACGAAAAAUGGCGACCUUCAAGCACGGUAUUUGUCUUCUGAACUCUGUUGCUCAGUUUCAACAAUGUAUCAUCCAACCCUCAAGGGCAUCAUUUAUGAGAUGUUUACACAGUAUCUCAAGCUCUUUAAUACCAACCAAACCAACCAGAAUAUUAGGUGUAACUUCAGCAUCCAAUUCCUCUACAUUGCACACAAGUAGCUUACAAUAUGGAUAUAGAAAUACAGAGUUUGAAAGAGGCGCGCCAAAGAGAGUUGGCAAAGCUAAACUUGUACCACCAAACUGGCUGAAGUACAAUCGUGUUCUGUAUCCACCUACUCCUCUGGGUGGGCUUGAGCGACCAGCUGAAGUGUGUCAUGCUAGGAUGCAGAUUAAAUACAGCACCAAAAAGUUGUGGUACAUUGCACAAAUGAUCCGUGGGAUGUCUAUAGAUGAAGCCAUCAAACAGCUGUCAUUUCACAAAAGGAAAGGAGCUGCUCACAUCAAAGAGGUGUUAGAGGAAGCACAAGAAAAGGCAGUGACUAGUCACAAUGUUGAAUUCAAAUCUAAUUUGUGGAUUUGUGACUCCUUUGUGUCUAAAGGUAUUAUUAUAAAGGGUGUAAGAAAACAUGCAAGGAUGCGGUUUGGUGUAAUCCAAUACAGAUAUACCAACUAUUUUUUGAGACUAAGAGAAGGGAAACCACCCAAGGAUUAUUACCCACCAGAGAAAACUGGCAAUGAAUUAAUGCAAGAUUACAUUAGAAGACAGCGUUCAAGAGUUAUUCAAUAUGGAUUAUAAUUUCUAUUUAAAGUAUUGUACAUUAUUUCUAUUAAAGAAUAAAAAUUUG